AUGAUCGGUACGGGAAUGGUUAGGGCUGCUAGCCUACUACGAAAAGGUACCGUUGCAGCCAAAUAUACCGCGCAAAAGAUCGUGCGGGAUGGUUACCAGCACGAGCAACACCAAGUGACAACGAGCGACGGUUACAUCUUGACGAUGUUUCGAAUUCCCGGCAGCCCAAUCAUACCUCACCGUCCCGGCAAAAAUGUCGCUUUUCUGCAGCAUGGUCUGCUCGGUUCAUCGGCAGACUAUGUGAUCUCUGGUCCAGGCCGUGCCCUUGGAUACAUUCUUGUAGACGCUGGGUAUGACGUGUGGCUUGGCAAUGCCCGUGGUAAUAUCUACUCUCGGCGACACAUUUCCCUUAAUCCCGAUGCAAGCGAUACCAAAUUUUGGAACUUUAGCUGGCACGAGAUCGGUUACUUCGACCUACCGGCCAUGAUCGAUUACGUGCUUCAGCACACCGGGCAGCAGUCGUUACAGUACGCCGGCCACUCCCAAGGUACGACGUCAUUCUUUGUGAUGGCUUCAAUGCGACCGGAUUACAACAAAAAGAUUCGCUCGAUGCACGCCCUCGCACCGGUUGCCUUCAUGAGCAACCUGCAUUCACCGUUCGUCCGUGCCUUGUCACCGUUGGUGGACGAACUGAAGUGGCUGUUGGACAUCCUGGGCGUGCAUGAGUUUCUGCCCAGCACGCAAAUGAUGACGCUGGGUGGUAAGCUCCUUUGCCACGAUCAGUCAGAGUUGCAGGAGCUGUGCGCUAACGCGCUGUUUCUGAUUGGCGGUUUCAACUCGGCCCAGCUUAACCGCACGAUGAUACCGGAGUUGCUGAAGACGGUUCCGGCCGGUGCUUCGGUGAGACAGCUCAUUCACUACGCCCAGGAGUACAACUCUGGCCACUUUCGUCAGUAUGACCAUGGAUCGAAGGGAAACAAGAAGCACUAUGGUGCAAAGUAUCCACCGGAUUAUCCUCUGCAGCUGGUGAGUGCACCCGUCGCGCUGCACUUCAGUGACAACGAUUGGAUGGCCGGAGUGAAGGAUGUCCACAAGCUACACUCGAAGCUGCCGAACUCGAUCGGUCUGUUCCGUGUGCCAGAUCCUCGUUGGAACCAUCUCGACUUCGUGUGGGGCAUCGACGCAAACAAUCUUGUGUACAACCAAGUGAUUGGCAUCAUGAGUCGGUACAACUGA